AUGACAAAGCCAGAAGAAAUAGAGAAAUCAGUUGUUAAGGUCGAGAAUGGAGUCGUCAAGGAUGAAACUCGUGAUGAUUCCUCCAACAUGAGGGAGGCGGGAGAGAGCAGAGACAAGUCUGAGGCAAACAUGAAAAAGAUGCAAACAAAGUCCGCCCCAUCACGAAAGCAAAAGGGAUCAUGGUCGCCACAGAUGUCAGGCUACUCAACCUACCAUCAACAAGGACAUGCAUCAUACCAUCCAAGCAUGAGGGGACCAUCCCAACCAUCAGCUCCUUAUCCUCCACCAUACUUUCCAGCAAGUGCACCACACGAUUACCAUGGACAUCCUCCACCGCAUUAUCCACAUCAAAUGCCUCCUAUGCCACAUCCGGGACAGUACCCUGUGCAUCAUGGACACUAUGCGCCGAACUUGGCAGGACGCCCAGGUCCUCCUCCAUACCAUCCAGGAUAUGGAAUGCCUUUUGGCCUACAAUCGAUCGGCUACCAUGGAGCCCCCCCACCGUACCCUCCGUCAAGACACACUCAUCAUUUGAUGCCGUCUACCACUUCUGACUCUGCUUCCAUCACCUCAUCGAGAAGCAAGAGAUCGAACAAAUCGUCGCGAAAGAAGCGAACGAUUGAAGGGGUUCACAGCAACAAAGAUUCACUUCCUCCUGUCGCAUACACUUUUUGUCGUACCAACAGCAAUGUGAGCGCAAGCACAGUUGGAACAGCGCCGAAUAUCCCAGAAUCCCGUACACUUGGAGACGAGUCACCAUACAAGCGCGAAAGAGUCGAAAAGCUUGAUGAUGAAUGCAUGAUUCACAGAAAUUUCUCAAAUACAUCAACAACGUCAAGUGUGAGUGUCGAAGGUUUUUCUUUGUCUUCGUCGUAUGAAGGACCAAAAUCCAGGAAUCACGAAACUUCCUUGAUGAAGGCAUCUCCCAAGAGGCGAAAGGCCGAGCAUUUGACGAUUGAAACUGGUUCAAAUAUCAAAUCAAUCUUUAAGAAGAAGAGCGGUGUAGGAAUCGACUCUUCAAAAUUUCAACAACUCACAAUGAACGACUCCUCAAGCUCUUCAAAGUCUGGCGACAUGACCCAAGGCAACAUUUUAUUUUCCCUAUCGACAUCACCUAUUAAUCAAACAAGAAUGGAGAGCCCAGCGGCCAAUCAAAAGUCGAAAAUAUCAUCCGACGUCAAACAAGGCGAAUCUGAAGUAGAAACAGACCACGGUGCUGUAGAUCCAAAGACCGCCCUGCACGACGGUUCAGCCGACACUCCAGCAACAACAGGGCUAAGAGGUGAUACUGAAAUGAUGACUGAUGAACAUAUGCUGAACAAGCAUCUACGCGGUCAAUCUUUCACUCCACUACCACAUGUCGUUGAUUCAAAUGGAAUCUCUCCAUCAAAUGCUUUUCCCUCCAUUGGCCAACAGCUAUCUUGGAGUAUUGCUGGCGACACGCCUUCGCUGGAUGACUUAGCCAACUGUAGUUGGGAGGAAGACAGGGAUGAGAAGAAGCGACCUGAUUCGACAACAUCUCAUUUUUCGACUUCAUCAAGGAAUCUUGUAAUCAGCCCCCAUAAUUUUUCCCUAUUCAAGGAUGAACAAGACUCUGAACACCAUCAAAAAGGUGACGAUGGCAAAGAUAGCGACUCUGUCCAUAUUUCAAUGCUAUCGCCUCAUUCCGAAAUUGCAAUCGCAGUGGACGGCACGUCCACUCCACUUCCUUGGAACUUCGAAACUUCUGAGGAACGAGAGAACAUUCAUUCGGAUGACAAAAGAUCAAAGCAAGAUGCAAUGCGUCAACAUGGAUACGCACACAAGCCGAACGCGACUCCUAGCUCCUACAUGUGGAAUGGACCAACACCUCCGACACCUGUGUUCACAGGAUCAAAACCACCAACUCCUCACUUUCCCACAUCGUUUGCACGCAGUCCAAUGCAUGGUGAUCGAAGAGACUGGUUUGGACAUCCUACUCCAGGAGCACACAAUGACCGGGUCCGAAAUCUACGCGGACGUAUGCCACCAGGUGCUCACCUUGCUCCAAUACCGCUUCAUAUUCCUCCAUCAAUGGCUUCCCACCAUCCCCUAACUUCACCAAUGGGGAUUGGUCUAAAGACAUCGAUGUGGAGCCCCCAUCAUCCUAGCAGUAUGGCACCUCCUAUGCAUAGUCCUCAUGCUCAUAUGUCACCAGCCGUUGAUAUGUCCCAAUCCAAACGCAAGUGUCUCUCACUCAAACCACCAAUUCCAUCCAAGUUCCAAGGCGAUAUGGAAGAAAUGAAGAAUGCGACAGUUCCUGAAUUUACAAGCCUUGUGAACUUCCCAUCUCACAUGUCUCAGAAGCAAGCUGUGAAUCUUCCAGAGGGUAUGAGAUGCUGCGUCAUGUGUGGUCAGGCCCGCCCAUGCAAUGGGGGCAAGAAAAAAAACGGAAGCAAGAAAUCCGAUGGUAUGGGAGACAAAUCUUAUGCAAUCAUUCCAACUCAAAACAAAGGAUUGUGCACCCUAUGCGACGUUAAUGUGUGGGUCGUGUGCAACUCAGGUCUUGAAAUCAAGUGGUGUAAGGGGUGCAAAAACUUCCGACCGUGGGCUGCCUUUGGGGAUAAAGGACUCGCUACAAAAUGCCUGCGUUGUCGUGAGCGUCAACGUGAAAAAUAUGCGCUUCAGAAAGAAGAGAAGGAGAAGACACGUCUACUCAAAGCCGCAGUGAAGGCAAAAUAA